CAUUCCUCAAAUCAUUUCUUGCUCUUCCGCAAACCGAAACCCUCGCCGUCACUCUCCGCCGCCGGCCAUGGCCGACCCGCAAUUUAUCCUCGGCACCUCCAUCUCCGAGAUGCUCACCGGCAUGGAGCUAGACGGCGAGGACCCUCAGAAGCUGGACCUCGGCACAAACUAUCUGCUUUACUUCGUGUACGACUACCUCCCGCACCCGCCGGUCUCCCCCACCGCCACCCUCUUGCCCUCCGGCUUGCCGUUGCUCCCCGACGGCGUAGACCGCAUCAGCCGCCUCCCCAAUGCGGUCCUCCGCGAAAUCGUCUCCCGCCUCCCCGCCAAGGACGCCGCGCGCACCGCCGCCCUCUCCUCGCGCUGGCGCCCCCUCUGGCGCGCGGCGCCCCUCUCCCUUGUCGACAGCCAUCUGCUUCCGGACGGCGGCGCGGCCGGGAAGUUUCCCAUCGGCGUCCCCUCUCCCCGUGCCGUCACCGCCGCGGUGUCCCGCGUUCACGCGGCGCAUCCGGGGCCCUUCCGCUGCGUCCACCUCACCCGCAGCACCAUGGAGGAGCACCGGGGCGAGAUGUCGCGCUGGCUCGACAUCCUCGUCGCCAAGGGGGUCCAAGAACUCGUCUUUGCCACGAUCUUCGGCUGCGCCUCUAUCUCGGCGUGUGGAGGCUCCCGGACACCGCCGCCGUACCGCGCGGCGCCAGAUUCCCCAACCUCAAGGAGCUCGGCCUCUGCAUGAAUGUCAUGGAGGACCAUGAUGUGGCCUUCAUGCUUGAAAGAAGCCCCGUUCUGAAGUUCCUCGUCCUCAUGGGGAGCCAGACCGGAGUGCGCCUCCGCCUUGUCAGCCAUAGCCUGCGGUGCGUUCAGCUGGGAUUCACCAUGUUGGAGGACAUCGACGUGGUGGAUGCCCCUCGCCUGGAGAGGCUCUUUCAGUGGCAAAUUGUCUCUCCGGGACAGGUCGCCAUGAACUGCUCUUCCAGGAUCAAAAUUGGCCGUGCACCUAACCUCCGUCACGGAGGCUCCGUGUGGUGGGAUACCUUAAGCCAGGAGAUCAAGAGCUGGGGAUUAGCAACACCGUCAUCGUGGUACUCCCAAUCUAUGAUCUCAAUUAGUUUAUCUGACCUUGGGUGCAUUAUUUACAGGCUGGGGCCAAGGAGAGCAUUGCCCCUAGUGUCCAGAUUCUGGCCAUAGAAGUGCAGUUCGGCCUCCGCAAUGCUGUCAAGAAAGUGCCUGGCUUUCUCAGAUGCUUCCCUAACCUGGAGACGCUCCAUGUCUAUUCCCGCCGCAUAUCUGAAGAGUCCACUGGCAAGGUCAAUCUAAAGUUCUGGCAGGACGCUGGUCCCAUGAAAUGCGUGGUGCAGAGCAUGAAGAAGGUGUUCUUCUACGAGUUCCAAGGGUCGAGAAGCGAGGUCGCUUUCCUCAAGUUCAUCGCGGAGAGAGGUCGGGUGCUGGAGCAGAUGGUUGUUGUGGUGGCCAGCAAAUGUUUCUCCUCUGGCGAGGAUAAUGUGAGG